UUUGAACAUUAUAGCCUGAGUUACUUUUGAAAAACUUAAUAGAGAAUGACGUUAAUACAUAGCAUGAGUUACUUUUGAACAACUUAAUUGUUUUCUUCCGUUUGUUACUUCUUGUUUCUCAGCCUAUAAAUUAUAACCUUGUGAUCAUAUCAUAUACAAACCAUUCAAGAAUCUUAAAAGAGAAAAAAAAAAGGAAAGAUAUAAACUUUAUAUAAUCAAAGAGAGAGAGAGAGAGAUGGAACACACAUCAAGAGCAUUAGUCCUAGCUUUAGCUCUAUGCCUUGCCGUUCUGAUCACUCCAGGAGCGGCUCAUGACCAACCACCACGAUCAGAAUCUCCACCUAGCUUUCCCAUCGACUUAGAGAAGUGCUGGUCAUCUCUCUUCAACGUCCAUGGAUGUGUACUGGAACUCUUCCAGUCGGUUUUCUCAGGCAAGUUUGGACACGUUGGAACCGCGUGCUGCAAGGCGUUUUCGACCAUAGAUGCUAACUGCUGGCCUCACAUGUUCCCAUUGAACCCCUUCUUCCCACCUCUUCUUAAAGACAAUUGUGCUAACCUUGUUCCAAACUUACCCUAAUCAUAAGUGAGAGUGAAGUGGACCAUUUGUUUGUUUAUUUUUAGAAAAGUUAUGGAAUCACUGUUCUAUUAAUUGUUCCCCACAAGUCUUAUUAAAUAUCAUAUCUAAUAAAAAUGAAUUUCUUACCAAGUU